AAUGCAGAAGCUGAUGUUAACGUGGUUACCAUGGUUACUGACUCUACUAGUUCUACAAGUUGACUCUGUCACCCAACCCAACAUUGUCAUGAUGGUCGCUGAUGAUCUAGGCUGGGCGGAUGUGCCAUGGCACGAUGCUCUUACGAUUGCCCCGACCCUGUCCUCACUGGCAGAUACAGGGAUAAUACUGGACAGGCACUAUGUUCAGCCCAUCUGCUCACCUACAAGAUCUGCGCUCAUGACAGGGAAAUAUCCCAGCAGACUGGGACUUAACCAUGAUACCAUCAACGCCGGAGAACCGUACGGUCUGAUGGUGAACGAGACAAUAAUCUCCAACUACAUGAGCGAGUUAGGAUACUCUACUCACGCAGUGGGAAAGUGGCAUCUGGGUUACUGUUCCUGGGACUUGACUCCUGCUAAGAGAGGGUUCGAUUCGUUUUACGGCUACUACAACGGACACGAAACUUACUAUACUAAAGUCACUCACAAGUUCUUUGAUUUCAGGUUGGACACUCAAGCAGAUGACGGAUCCGUAAACAGUGAAGUUGUCUGGAAGGCUAAUGGCACUUACUCUACCGAGCUUUACGCUGACCGAGCUGCGCAGAUAAUCAAAUAUCACAAUCCAUCCCAACCUCUGUUUCUGUAUUAUCCCAUGCAAAGCGUCCAUUUCCCCAACGAGGUCCCUGAAAAGUACCUUAAGAUGUACGAGGGGAUAGUGGAGAACGAGAAAAGGAGAACACUGCUCGCAAUGGUGACUGCUAUGGAUGAUGCUGCUGAGGUAGUAGUAACGGCUCUAAAACAGUCUGGAAUGUGGGAAAAUACUGUCUUUAUCUUCUUCAGCGACAACGGAGGACCACUCGAGGGAAUAGGAAAUGGCCAGGUAAACUACCCACUAAGGGGAGGUAAAUAUUCGUACUGGGAAGGUGGAAUCAGAUCUAGCUCCUUCAUCCACUCUCCCAUGCUACCAGGUGGAGUGAUUAACCAAGAGCUGCUCCAUGUAACGGAUUGGUUACCCACUCUUGGGCACUUGGCAGCUUGUGGUGUUGAACCCAACGAUCAAUGUACAGGGCCCGAUAUGGGAGACAUUGAUGGAGUUAACCAGUGGAACGCUAUAGUUGGGGCGGGAAAGAGUAACCGGACAGAGUUUCUUGUUAACAUCGACCCAAAGGCUAAGAACUCUGCUCUAAGAUGGGGACCCUGGAAGCUUUACCAUGGUAACCCCGGUAAAGGUGACUGGGUACCACCACCCAGCGUAAACGAACAUCGCUACAACCAGCAGUUUACACAUGGACUGAGGGACAGGAACAAGUUCGAAACUGACCAGGAGUAUGUUUUCUCUGAGGGUAUCUAUAAUCCAGACACGAUCAUGUUGUUUGACGUUGAAGCAGACCCAGCAGAAACAAAUGAAGUAUCAAACGACAAUCCCGACGUUGUGAACACAAUGCUAGAAAGACUAGUCUACUAUGAAAGCCGGACAAUUCCUCCAAGAAAUUGUGUUAGAGACCCUGCCUCCGAUCCUGCUCAAUUUGGAGGAGUUUGGACUCCCUGGUUGAAAACGUGCUAGUCGUUCAUAUCAGCAAACUGUGAACAGAUCAUGAAUCUUAACUGUUAUUGUUAACUAAUCUAAAUUCCGAACCAUAUACAUAACGGCAUAACAAUAUUUAUAUAUAUCUGAUAUAACCAACGUACAAUCGUAUUCGUACAUUGUAAAUGCAUUUUCAAAAAGGAACUGUCCUUUUGUAUGCUGCCUUGUAUAGUAAUUUUUUAUAUCAGUGUUUACCGUGACCCUCAAAGUGUAAUGAGGUUAUGUUAAAAGUGUUAAGUGAAUUUUCACUACGAUGCCCUUCAUAGAAUUGAAAAAAUGAAAUAAUUUAUAAAAGUAAACUGUUUGCAUGAUUGGUUUUUUAGUUUUUAUUUCAAAUAAACUAUGAGUAAAAUAUAUGACAUAGAUAACAAGCUUGUUUAAAUUGGUAAAUAUGUCUAUUCACUAUUGUCUAAUAAUAUAUGACUUUUUGGUGAUCUAAAUGGGGCACACUAUUAUAUCUCCACAAAUCG